UCGGGAUUCUGUAUUUAUCAGCAGUCAGCACCCAGCCAUAGCACCGAGCAGUACAGUUUCAGAGACCAUUUUCGGACUCAACAACGUAGUCAAGAUGAGAGCAAGUGUAAAGAAACCGGCGGGAUCUGGGGUAAAUAUAUCUUCCCUAACUUUAUUCUCUGAACAGGAGUGGAGAGGGGAAUCCUAUACAACGGAGGAAUCCCAAACUCAGCUGAAAAAGUUUUGCAAGUUUUCUGUCAAAUCUAUCAUUGUCAAAGGAAACCCCUGGGUUCUGUAUGGAGAGCCUGGAAAUAUUGGACGCCCUUUUCUGGUUGAAGAAGGAAAAUACUCAAGCUUGGAAUCCUUUCCACAAAAUAUUGAGUCUGUUAAACUGAUUGUGGAAAACUUAGAGUCUCCAAUACUAAUGGUUCAUGCAUCAGCAAAACUUAAAGGAUCUGGAUCUGAAUCUGGGUAUAGAAUGAUGGAAGGAAGAACUAUGCGCAGUGUUGCCUCUGGAACUGCUGGUGUCUGGGCAGUUGCCAAGGAUAAUACAGUCUGGGUUAGAACCGGUUGUGCUGGGAAAACCAGUUCUAGUGUUGGGGAGAGCUGGACUAAAUGUCAGGGUUCUCCAAUUAAGCUGGUAUCAGUUGGAUACAACACUGUGUGGUGUAUUGAUCUUGAUGGUCACAUUGUGGUGAGAACAGAGGUGACUGCUAGUAGUCCUGCAGGAAAGGCGUGGGCGAAUGUGGACGGAGACAUGAAGAGUAUAGCAGCAAGUAGUAAAGGUCAUGUCUGGGCUGUAGAUAAGUCAGACAGAGUUUGGUGGAGAAAGGGUGCAAAGAUAGACUCUCCAACUGGAUCAACAUGGAAGCAUAUUUCUGGAAAUCUUGCAAAGAUCAGUGUUGGAUCUUUCGGUGUCUGGGGUUUGGACAGUAAGAAUGAAGUUUACUUCCGUGAUGGAACUGCUGGAGAUGCCGAUGAAACUGAGGGAUCCUCAUGGACAAUGGUGGAAGGAAAGUUUAUUGAUAUCUGUGUUGGGUCAACCUCUGUCUGGUGACUAGGAUCCAACAGGGAUAUAUAUUACAGAGCUGGUCUUGAUGGGAAUACUGGAACCCACUGGGUGAGAAUCGAACAGGAGAAAGAGACCAAGGUUGUUUUCAAGCAAAUUUCAGUUGUAGAUGACACGCUAACUCUGACUGACAAGGAUAAUAACGUGUUUUAUAUGUUCAACGCUUCACAGGAUAUACAAGGUCGUCUUUCGACAAUCCUUUACCAUGAUACGCCAAACUUUAACCAGUUCAAUUUCCCCUUAAGAGGAUCAACAUAUUCGGU